UGUACCACCCUGAGGUCCUGCACCUGGAGAGCUGAGUUCUGUGUCUGAUCUUUCCUCAAAAUAAGAGCCUGUUCUUUCCCCAGUAACAUAACUGGGAGCUUUAGGCAAACGAGGUGAGACAGCCUGUUAGGAAUGUGCUCUAUUGUAAGGUCUGUUUGUGGAGUGGUUGAAAUUGGUGUUGCUGAAGUAAAGACGUGCCUUUGCCCUCUCCAUUCUGAAAGAAACUGGUUCUGUUCGGUUGACUUUGGAGCUCUCAAAUUUUAACUUCCUUUGUGAGUCAACCUUGCAACCUGGAAGACCUUGAGCAGAUGUGCAACAUUACAGAAGCUGGAUUUAAAAGGGACUGUUCAAAUUAAAUCCUCUAUGUUGUUCCUUCUCAGAUGUUGUACCAAUAGACCAUUUACUGGAAAAGUCUUAAUCUAGUCUUGGUAUUUGUAUUCCGUUGUGUUUUUUGUGCAACGCCAUCUGAAAUUAUGAAGAUAGAAAAUUUACAAAUAUCAUUGAGCUAUCAAAUAGUUACAUAAAAGUAAUUUAUGUCUGCAGCUGGUCUAGCAAUUUGCCAGCCAAGAGGGACUAUAUAUUCAGCUUCAGAAAUGUUUGGGUGCACUUUAGCAAGGAGGAAAUGGGUAUGAAAAAGGUGUUAAAGAGCAGGCUCUUUAUUCUUGAAGUUACAGAUAAAUUUCCCUUUCUAACAAUUUCUACAUUUUGCCUGAGCACACGCACUCCUACAGACUGGAAGUAAUCAGCCACGAGGUCAGUGACUAAUAAAGGGGGCAAAAGAGAAUAAGGACUUGAAAGGUUAAUAAGGAGCAUCUCUUGGAUUCCAAUGAUCCAGAGUGUCCAUGAUCCUGUGAACACUGGUGAUGUGGCAAACAGCAAGUAAUAAGGGAGUUGUCUGAGAUGUAAGCUGUGGUCUUGAAUGAGAAAGGUCGGAUGAAAAAACUUCUCAUACCAAAGUGACAUUCUUUUCCUCCUUGAUCUUUCAAAACUCUACGAGUUUUUGUUCCCAUUUUUCUACUCCUUGAACAUAUCAAUUUCCCAUGCCUAAAAUCGCCAUGUUUCUCACAUUUGCCUUUUGGUUUUCUUUUUUGGGGAUGGUCCACUGUUGAUGUUGCUGCAUGUGCUGUACUUGUUGUACGUACGGAUGUUCUGUACUCUCCUCCCAGCCGAGGCUGGGAGCUGGAUCCAGGGUGCUUGGCUCUGUCUCUGCCAUCAGACUGCUGCUGCCACUGCUGAAAGGAAACAGAAGGAAGAAAGGAAUUGAUAGCUGCAGUGAGAGCCUGCUUGUGUUGAAAUACACAAAUUAGGAUAAUUCGUUCAGAAUUCUUCUCGGUGAAGUGUGAGUUGAAAUGGAAUAUGAACGCCUUAUUGGGAAGUAGGAAAUAAAGCCAUGGUGUGGUUUCUUUGGCAAGGCUAACGUGAUCUGUUGAACCCAACAGAACUGGUAUAAUUUUUUCUAUGAAGGACUAUGAUCAUGGAAAGAAAAGCAUUUCUGAAGAAGGCAGGGAGAGAGGCUGAUGAAUUCUCAGUAGGUUUGUUUGCAGAGGUGAGAAGGAAGCACAGAUCGGUUAAAGAAGAGGUUGGGUAGCAUGCAUGGUGUGGUGACUGCAAGGCAGGCAGAGGCUGUUGGAUGAUUUGAUUUUACUAUUUGUUUUUCAGAUAUAGUUCUUGAGGAUUAGUGCAGAUUAAUUGGGUGCUCUGGUGGAUUUGGAGAGCUGUACUGCAUGUCUGACAUCAGCAAAGAAUAGAGGAAAGGAAGACAUUUUCUACAAUGUGAAUUUCUACGGAACAAUUUCUGAUUUUCAAAAGAGCAAAAGUUAAUGGUGAAAGAAUGAGUGACUGGUGGACUUGUGGAGAGGAUUCCAAUGUUUACCAUACUGCUGCCUCAAAUUGGUCUGUGGUAGGUCUGUCUGAAACCAUGCCUGAAUCAUCAGACAUUCAAAUGCAGAAAAAGGGAGGAAACAAACCUUGGCUCCUGUAAAUUUUAAUUGUUUAUGAUAAGAGUUGUCUUAGGCUGAGAAAGGUUGUUUUCUUUGUCUGUACAUUUUUUGUAGUGACUGCCUUGUAAAACUGUCCCUGGAAAGAUUUAUCUCCCAUUCCCCAGGAAGGAAAGAAUAUUUGCUGUUUUUUGAAAAGAUUAUAUAAAGAACUAAGUCACAGUAUUGUUUUAUUCAAAAUUUCUAUUUCAUCAAUGUCUGAAGUUAAACCUUCUUCUUUUAAAAUGUGUGAAGUCCUGUUAUGGUAUCCUAAAGUGCAAAGUAUGGGAAGAACAGUCAGAAAACGAGAGACACAAAGUGGCACCGUGUACUGUUUGGCCUCAAUAAAACCUGAAGGAAGUGAGGUUCUUAUAAACCAUUUUGUUCCUUGCAGGUUCAGCUCUCUAAGACAUACUGGGGUUCUUUUUGGCUUCCCCUCUCCUCCUUUUCUUUUUUUUCUGGUUGUUUUCUUAGAGGAUUGUAUUGGAUCCAGGAGCAAAGCAGAGCACAAGAGUCUGCUGUAAUUAUCCAGCAGGACUGUGUGUCUGGAAAUGGAGACAGUGGAGUAGAGGGGAGUGGAAGAAAGGAACUUUUCCCUUUCUUGUUCCUCAGCCUACCCAAAGCUGGAGGGUAGUGGUGGCAGAGAUGCUGAGUGACAUUCCCACGUUCCCAAGGGACACCACUGCAGACAGAUCAGUGGGGUUUUUGCCACUGACUUCAACUGAGGCCAAUUACGAGAGAAAUGGAGAGUGAAAGAAUAAGCGGAAUGAUCUGAAAAGUAUGGGGAGAGCUGCGAGAUAAAGGAAGCAAGGUAGCAAAAGUGGGAAAUGUCAUAAUAAAACUGUCAGAUACAGGAAAUACCUACGUGGUGGGAAAGAAAGCAAGAGGUCAUGCACAGCUGAGUUUGGACAAAAUGUUUUAUUCAUUUCUGACUCUCUUCUUCUGUUGAAACUAUCUGCCAAGACCUACUAUUGAUACAGCAAGAUUACUGGCCUGUUGGAUGCUCUCUUUUAAACUGAUGUGUCUUCUUAUGUCACAUGAAUAGUGCAUUCAUCUUUAACCCUUACUGUUUUCUGGCAAAGCCAAAAAGGAAAAUUACUAAAUUAUUGCCAAAAAAUGCAUUGUAUUUUGAAGGGAUUCUUCUUCCAGUAUUUUCAACUACUUUAAACUGUAAAAUUAUGGAAAAAUUCAGAGGGAUGUUUGCUCUAACUGCUUUUGUGGUCUGCUACGGAGGAGCAAUGUUUGGUUGAAUGUAAAAAAAUUAAAUCUAUAAACAGAUACUAAUCAAAGACAAAACUUCUCAGUAUCUUCUGUCUUUCCCAGAGCUUUCUUUUGUUCUUCUGUCAUGUGUUACCUGUUGUAAUUUUGCUCUUCAAGGGAGUAUUGCAGUAGAGAACAGGGUUUCUGUGUGUGUGUGUGCUCCACUGCAGCUGCCUACCCAAACAAAUCCCUUUUGAUCACAGUACCUGUAAAAACUGCAGGCUGACAAGGUGGCACGUGCUCUUCCACAUCAGAAUGAUUUGUUGGAGGCAAUGGAAAUACCUGUGGCAAAUCAAAUUGAUAUUCAAAACUUCAUUUAUAAUUGUGGUUAUGAUGAUUUCCUCUUUCUCUGUGUACAUAUUUGGGAUCUACUAAGUGUAAGUUUUCCAAGCUUGACAGGUUGCAUAAGCCAGAAAAGUAGGAAAUAACUCCCAAAAGAACUGCUGCCAGAUCUCUGAAGCACGUAUUGAGCUGUUUGAUCUGAAACACAAUGUGUAAGAGGUGCUGUGCCAAGUUGUGAAAGGUACAGUAUGUGGAGUGAUGAGACUGCUGUCUGGUUAUUUUCUGUACCCAAAGGGGAAAGACAGACAAAUAGGAAAUGUUAUUUAUUGCUUAAUGACACACAUGCCACUUUUCAGUUGUUUGUAUUUUAGCUGUUGUUUCUUCCUCUCAAAAUUAAUAAGACAUGUUAAACGUUAGAAUGAAAAGUAGCAAGCAAAUCAUAACUGCAAUUUUUGCUCUUUGAUCUGUACCAGACUGAGAAUUCAGAUAGUAAACAUGACCAUUAUGAGAUCUUUUGCAGUCUGGGUUAGCAGCUGGAGGACUUCUCUGGAACUGCUGUAGAUACUACAAGUAUUUCUUGUGUUGAUGUACAAACUGCUUUUUCACCAUCUGCAGCACCUCUUUCUUGGGCAUUUGUAGAUUUUUGUACACCUGGAAGACUUUGACCAUUUAUGCUUGGUCUGCAGUGGGUGUUUUUAUAAAUGACCUGAUGAUCAGAUUCCUCCCUUACAAAAGAAGCAGCACUUCACUUAGCUUAUUAUAUUAGAUAUCACAUAAGUGUAUCCAGCUCCUGGUUGUGAACAUUUGGCCAUACAAGGCUGUCUACAAGUUUUUUUGGGUCUGUCUGCCUGAAAGCUAAUAGGAUUCCUUUUUUUUUCUGCAGGCCUUUAUGGUCUGCUUUUCUGUCUAGGAAAAUAGUAAGCAACUAGCUAGAUAUUCUGAAAACUCCAACAAAUAAAUUUCUGUGGUUUAAAAUUAUUUUUCUUUUGGCCCUUUUCUAUUUAUCUUAAUUGAGCAAUUUGUUGCCUGGAUUUUAUAGAAGCUUUUUUUUCUUUUUAAGUUGUAUGUAAACACAGUUGGUGAAAUGGGCAGUUUACCCUUUUAAAAUAUUAAGCAGUUUGAGGCCAUUUCCAGGUGUGUAUUUUGAAGGAAAUCAGAGGCUUUCCACUGUUCAUCACUGAUUUAUCAGCAUGGAGGCUCCUCUAUUGUCACACAUAAUCUGGAAUCCGUUUUUUCAUUAUUAAUACUCCUCUUUUCUGUGUUAAUUUGCACUGAAUUUGCUGUGAAAGUGAUGGUGUAUUGGUGGCAGAGCAGUUGUCAUGUCCUCUGCCCAGUAGGUGUGUUCAGCAGUUUUGGCUUGGCUGUGCUUUCCCUGUCCCUCCUUUUCCUGGCAGUUCACACGAGCUGGCAGCAGGUGACACAGGACAGCAGGUGACACAAGAGCAGGAGAUGAGGCCACUGAAGCCACUGCCUGUUGUACUUGUGGCUGCAGCAGAAGGUGUUUUGUUUUUUUUUUUUUUUUUUUUCCUUUAAGAACAUGAGGUUUGUUUCCUUAUCUUGAGUAUUUUUGCUAGCAAUUGAUGUGACUUGAUAUAAACAAUGUGAAUUCGAGUCAAGUGUUAAAUGUUAAAACAGCUUCCCACAUGUGUUGGUUUCCUGCCAGGGAAAGAAAUACAGCAGAAAUGCUGUAUUUAACCACAAAUCAAACGUUUAUUAUUGUUGAAAGAAUGACCUGACAAGGAUAGAGCUGGACUAAAAUGUACAGGUUGUAUUUCAUGGAAGGGGAAAAACUUUAUUAAUAUUUGAAGAAUGGCUUUAAUUAGUCUGACUGUUGGUAGGUGUGUUCAUUUUCUCAAUGUACAUCUGAUAUAGCAUUUUUCACCAACUUAUAAUUGGCAGUUUCCCAUAGGAAAUAAUCAUUAUUGGUAUUAUAAAAGCACUUUGUAUCUAUCACAUUUGGGAAAUGAAAGUUUUGCAAAGGUCAGAAUAAAGUGUGCCCCCAAUUAUGCUAAUAACUCAUACCACAAAUGAUCCACCACAAGGUUUAAUAGCUUGGUAGUCCUCUUUAGAUUUUCUGAGAACAGGAAGAAUUAAUAUUACAUUUUGACACUUUACAGAAAGGUGAAAAAAGUUCUCUUCCUUCUCUCUAGCUUUGGAAGUUUGUACCUGAACUCUCUUAGUUGCUUGAGGAUCUUGAAAGUUGGGUUUUUCUUCUGUAAUCAUGGCAAAACCUUAUGAAUUUAACUGGCAGAAGCCAGUUCCCUCUUUUAUGCAAGAUGGAGCUGUGUUUGAUAGAUAUGAAGAGGAAUCUUUUGUCUUUGAAAGCAACUGUCUCUUCCAAGUGGAUGAAUUUGGAUUUUUUCUGAGCUGGAAAAGUGAAGGAAAGGAGGGACAGGUAUUAGAAUGCUCCCUGAUCAACAGUGUUCGUUUUGGAGCUGUACCAAAGGAUCCCAAAAUACUAACUGCACUGGAGGCUGUUGGAAAAUCAGAAAAUGAGUUGGAAGGACGGAUAGUGUGUGUUUGCAGUGGCACAGAUCUGGUGAACAUCAGCUUCACUUUCAUGGUAGCAGAAAACACAGAAAUAGCCAAGCAAUGGGUAGAAGGGCUUGGAUCCAUCAUACAUAACUUUAGAGCUAACAAUGUCAGCCCAAUGACGUGUCUCAAGAAACACUGGAUGAAGCUGGCCUUUCUAACAAACACAAAUGGGAAAAUUCCAGUUCGGAGCAUAACCAGAACCUUUGCAUCAGGUAAAACAGAAAAAGUGAUCUUUCAGGCACUUAAGGAAUUAGGUCUUCCCAGCGGAAAGAAUGAUGAAAUUGAGCCUGCAGCUUUUACUUAUGAGAAAUUUUAUGAACUCACCCAAAAGAUAUGUCCCCGAACUGACAUAGAGGACCUCUUUAAGAAGAUCAAUGGAGACAAAACUGAUUAUUUAACGGUAGACCAAUUAGUGAGCUUUCUAAAUGAACAUCAACGAGAUCCUCGGCUCAAUGAAAUUUUAUUUCCCUUUUAUGACACAAAAAGAGCAAUGCAGAUAAUUGAGACAUAUGAGCCAGAUGAAGACUUGAAGAGGAAAGGUGUCAUAUCCAGUGAUGGCUUUUGCAGAUAUUUGAUGUCAGAUGAAAAUGCCCCAGUUUUCUUAGACCGUUUGGAAUUAUAUCAAGAAAUGGACCAUCCUCUGGCUCAUUAUUUCAUCAGCUCCUCUCACAAUACAUAUUUAACAGGCAGGCAGUUUGGUGGCAAGUCUUCAGUGGAGAUGUACAGACAAGUGCUUUUGGCUGGAUGCAGAUGUGUCGAGCUGGACUGUUGGGAUGGCAAAGGUGAAGACCAAGAACCAAUAAUAACCCAUGGAAAAGCAAUGUGCACAGACAUUCUUUUCAAGGAUGUAAUUCAGGCCAUUAAGGAAACAGCAUUUGUUACGUCAGAGUACCCUGUCAUUCUUUCAUUUGAAAAUCACUGCAGCAAAUAUCAACAGUACAAGAUGUCAAAAUACUGUGAAGAUCUUUUUGGAGAUCUCCUGUUGAAGCAGCCUCUAGAAACACAUCCACUUGAACAAGGUAAAGCCUUACCAUCUCCUAAUGACCUCAAAAGAAAGAUUCUCAUAAAGAAUAAAAGGCUGAAACCUGAAGUAGAAAAGAAGCAGCUUGAUGCUCUGAAAAAGAUGAUGGAGGCUGGGGAAACUGCUGCUCCUGUAAAUAUCCUGGAGGAUGAUAAUGAAGAGGAAAUAGAAAGUGCUGACCAGGAAGAAGAAGCUCAUCCUGAGUACAAAUUUGGAAGUGACCUUACUGUAGAUGAUUACAGUCAAAAAGAAGCUGUUGCCAUCAGUGUCAAAAAGGCUGUUGAAGAUUCUGAGCAAGAAAACAAUAAAAAGGGUUUAGUAACUGUGGAAGAUGAACAAGCGUGGAUGGCAUCUUACAAAUAUGUAGGUGCCACAACCAAUAUACAUCCAUAUUUAUCAACAAUGGUCAACUAUGCUCAACCUGUAAAAUUUCAAGGUUUCGAUGUAGCAGAAGAACGUAAUAUUCACCACAACAUGUCCUCUUUCAAUGAAUCAGUUGGACUAGGGUAUUUGAAGACUCAUGCCAUUGAGUUUGUGAAUUACAAUAAACGACAAAUGAGUCGGAUAUACCCAAAGGGAGGCCGUGUGGAUUCCAGUAAUUACAUGCCUCAAAUUUUCUGGAACGCUGGCUGCCAGAUGGUCUCACUGAACUAUCAGACCCCAGAUUUAGCAAUGCAGUUGAAUCAAGGAAAAUUUGAGUACAAUGGAUCGUGCGGGUAUCUACUAAAGCCAGAUUUCAUGAGACGACCAGACAGGACGUUUGACCCUUUCUCUGAAACUCCUGUAGAUGGUGUUAUUGCUGCAACGUGUUCUGUACAGGUGAUAUCUGGCCAGUUCUUGUCAGACAAGAAGAUUGGGACAUAUGUGGAGGUGGAUAUGUACGGGCUGCCCACAGACACGAUCCGCAAGGAGUUCCGCACGCGCAUGGUGAUGAACAACGGCCUGAACCCUGUUUACAACGAGGAGUCCUUUGUCUUCAGGAAGGUUAUCCUCCCUGAUCUUGCUGUCCUGAGAAUAGCAGUGUAUGAUGACAAUAAUAAGCUGAUUGGUCAGAGGAUCCUGCCUCUGGAUGGGCUGCAAGCAGGUUACAGACACAUUUCCCUUCGGAAUGAGGGCAACAAACCACUCUCUCUUCCCACGGUUUUCUGCAACAUUGUGCUUAAAACAUACGUGCCUGAUGGUUUUGGAGAUAUUGUGGAUGCUUUAUCAGAUCCAAAGAAAUUUUUGUCUAUCACAGAAAAAAGAGCAGACCAAAUGAGAGCUAUGGGUAUUGAAACUAGUGAUAUAGCUGAUGUACCAAAUGACACUUCAAAGAAUGACAGAAAAGGAAAAGCCAAUAAUCCCAAAGCCAAUGUGACACCUCAGAGCAGCUCUGAGCUUCGACCAAGCACCACUGCAGGCUUUGGGUCUGGGACUGAUGCUAAGAAAGGUAUAGACCUUAUCCCUCAAGUGAAGAUAGAAGAUUUAAAGCAGAUGAAGGCUUAUAUAAAGCAUUUAAAGAAACAGCAGAAAGAGCUGAAUGCCUUAAAGAAGAAACAUGCCAAGGAGCACAGCGCCAUGCAGAAGUUGCACUGCACACAAAUUGACAAAAUAGUGGCCCAAUAUGAUAAAGAAAAGGUAUCAUAUGAGAAAAUGUUAGAGAAGGCAAUCAAGAAGAAAGGAGGAAGUAAUUGUGUUGAAUUGAAGAAAGAAACGGAAAUUAAAAUUCAGACACUAACAUCGGAUCACAAAUCUAAGGUCAAAGAGAUCGUGGCUCAGCACACCAAGGAGUGGUCCGAGAUGAUCAACACACACAGCGCCGAGGAGCAAGAAAUCCGCGACUUGCACUUGAACCAACAGUGUGAACUACUGAAGAAACUGCUCAUUAAUGCUCACGAACAACAAACCCAGCAGCUGAAAUUUUCCCAUGACAGGGAAAGCAAGGAGAUGCGUGCCAACCAAGCUAAAAUAUCCAUGGAGAACAGCAAAGCCAUUAGCCAAGACAAAUCUAUCAAAAACAAAGCUGAAAGAGAGAGGCGAGUCAGAGAACUGAACAGCAGCAACACGAAAAAGUUCCUGGAAGAGAGAAAAAGGCUGGCAAUGAAGCAGUCAAAGGAAAUGGAUCAGUUGAAAAAAGUUCAACUUGAGCACUUAGAAGUCUUGGAGAAGCAGAACGAGCAGCUUUUGAAAUCCUGUCAUGCAGUGUCUCAAACACAAGGCAAAGGAGAUGCAGCAGAUGGUGAAGCUGGAAGCAGAGAUGGAUCGCAGGCCAGCAACAGUGGUUUAAAGCCUCAACAAGCAAAUUGAAGUUGGAGAGCACAGCAUCCUUAAAAUGAGAGCAAAAUUCCAAAUAACAUUGCUGAGGUCGAAGAGUGGGCUUUUGUUGUAGUUUGGUUUUGGCAGGGGUUUGUUUUGGGUUUUUUGUUCUUAAUAUAUGAAGUGUAGCUACGGACCACCAAGUCUUAAGGUUUGCAUUGUUUCUUUUUUAACACUGGGCACUGAAUUUCCUUUGUUGAAUUUCCAUAAGAAUUCCCUUUGUUCAGAAAAACCCCGACACGAAGAUUAAGAGAGUUUUUUAAACCCCGUCCUGCUUUUCUUUCUGUAUCUCACCAGGCACCUUGCCUGCAUCAGAAUCACACGAUCAGAGCCUCGAGACACAGGAGAUACUUUUAACAUCGUCUCAGAUGGCAACAAAGCUGUAUUUCGAGUCGAGUAAUUUCCCAUUUGUGUUCUCAUGUGUGAUGUGCUGUGCAGAAACCCCACGCUGCCAGACCCUGCCAUGCCACGUCCUGUCAGAUGCUCGGCACCUGAUGUCCCUGAGCCCACUGAACUGGACCUUAUGCCAAGUAAUAAUUAGUAUAGUAAGGAGUUGAGUUUUGGGUGAUUUUAAAUUGUAUUUCAAGCGGGGUUUUUUUCAGGCAGCAGACAGCAGGCAGUUGAAAGGUAACUGCGUAUUUUCAAAAGUACAGCGUGUACAAAGUCAUCGGCCAAAUUCAUCAGCUGCAGCAGUAACUUGACAGGGUAUUUCUGCAGCCUAAUGAUGUCAUUCACAAGUGCCAUAUCAAGUCUAUCAAUUCUGAGAGGAGCCAAUAUCCUGUAGAAGUUACUGCAGUGGAUAACCUGAGGGAAAUACAGUGUAUUUGUGCCAAAACUGAUCAGUGCUCUAAGAAAUUAUAUAUUAGGCACUUUAAGAAAAGUUUACAUCCUACAUUGCUUGUAUAGAAAUUGCAUUUUGAUCCUGUUGCUGCAAAUCCCGGAUACUACAGUUCAUUGUAACUUAAAAGAUUGUUUAAAUGGCUUUUGGCAAAAAGUUUGUAACUGUGAAAAUGUAAAAAGUAUUUAUACACUUGGGAAACACAACAUUGUAGAAAAUCACAUACAUGUUGCUACGUGAUAAAAUUAGUAAACAGAAAUGCUAAGAGUAUGUUUGCAUGUGAUACAAAUGCUACUAAGGCUGUAAUGCCUACUAUAUGACCACAGUCAUGCUACUAGCUGGUAAAUACUGAGUAAAUGUAUGGCACAGAAUAUUGUUUGAUUAAUUACAAAGACUUUUAGCAUUACAAGGUCUCUAUAUAUAUGUGUGUAUAUUAAUUACGUGGGCAUUCUUGAUACUUGUAGUAAAAGAGAAGUACAUAACUAAUUUAAUUUUACACAGAAGUAUUUAUGCAGAUUUUCAGAAUUUCAUAUCAGGAAUAACCUUUUUAUGUCCAUUAGAUAUAAAAACAAUUUGCUAAUGUGUUAAUUUGCAUGUUUCCAGAGCUUGCUGUAGUUAUAUUGCAAAACAAUGCAUGUAAGCAUUCGGCUUGGAAUUUGUCCAUGCUGCCAAUUCAAAGAUGACUGCAUGGAAAACUGGUAGUUUAGAACAAAUCAGAUUUCUGAUUUCAAUGUACUAAGCACCAAUUACUUUGUUGUAUAUGCUUGUACAAACAAAUUCUACAUAUUCCUAUAAACAAAAUAAAUGAAGAGAGAUAAUUAUGUUAUUGUCAGUCCUGAGAUGAAACUUUCAACUUCUCUAAUAAAAACCUUAAAAAUUCAAA